AUGGACAGGGGAAAUUAACGGAUUACCGAUAUUUAUCGAUAUUACUAAAAAAAAGACUUAAAAAGCCAACAUGUUAGAUAUCUUCAGCGACUUCGACGAAUAUAUCGAAAUAGAUUAUACUUAUAACGACAAUAACGUCUUCAGACUCCACUACAAGGCUACCGUAAUAAUACUGUUUGGAUUUACCGUUCUUUUGGGCUGCAGUCAGUACUUUGGCGAUCCAAUCGACUGCAUUCAUGGAGAAGAUGUGCCCGAAAAUGUAAUGAAAUCAUAUUGCUGGAUACAUUCAACUUUUACCCUGCCUGAUGCUUAUGACAAAAGAGUUGGAAUUGAUGUGCCUCAUCCCGGUAUAGACAAACAUACUCCAGGAGAAAACAAAAGAUAUCAUGCUUACUACCAGUGGGUUAUAUUUCUACUUUUCUUCCAAGCCCUUCUAUUUUAUGUCCCUCGCUAUAUCUGGGAAGCCGUAGACGAUGGUAAAAUCAAAAGUUUAACCCAGGAUGUCGGCCCAGGGGUUCUGCAACCGGAUGACAGAGCUGAAUGUAGAAUGCUUCUUGUCGAUUAUCUGAAGUCACAUAUUGGCGACCACAACGAAUACUUACUGAUAUUCACUCUUCUGGAGAUGUACAAUUUCUUGAACGUUGUCGGCCAAAUUUAUAUAAUGGAUCUGCUUUUUGGUAGAGAAUUCACUACAUUUGGGAUAGAUGUCCUCAGGUUCACCAAUAUGGACCAAGAGAAUCGAACUGAUCCAAUGAUCAAAGUGUUUCCAAGGAUGACUAAGUGUACUUUCCACAGUUUUGGGUUUUCUGGAGACGUUCAGAAACAUGAUGCCCUUUGUAUUUUGCCGAUUAAUGUUCUUAACGAAAAGCUUUACGUCUUCCUUUGGUUUUGGUUCGUCGUGUUGGCUGCUCUAUCUGCGGGAAUGCUGGUGUUUCGGUUUGUGACUAUUCUGUGGCCUGCUGCACGCACUUACGUGCUCAAACAAAAAUGUGACUUUGUGGAUAUGACAGAUCUGAAUUUUGUGAUGAAACAUAUCAAGGUCGGGGAUUGGUUUGUGCUUCACUUACUGACUAAAAAUGUGGAUUUCUUUUAUUUCAAAGAAGUAAUUCAUGAUUUUGCGAAUGAGUUGAAAGAAGAUGCAAAAUUAAAUCGUAAAGGCUCGUUAGAGGACUAUAAAGCAUUACCAUAAUCUGUGUUACUAUAUAUAUUUCUUUUCUGAUAAAGUUAAGUAAUUUUUUGUCAAUAAGUACCUUUAUGUUGUAGAAGCCCAAUGAAUUCCUUUUUCUCUUUUAAUUUUUUUAAUUAUUUUUUUUACGAAGAAUAAUUAAAAAGAUUGCUAUUUGUGCUACUAUUGAAAAGAAUUAGCAGUGAUAGAAUAAAACGAUUUAUUUUAUUCUGUAAGAUUUGACUGUUCUCUAAGCAUAUUGAACAGCUUAAACGAUUUAUUAAAACUUAUUGAAAAGUAGAAAUCAGAAUCAGCUGAGUGAUUUUCGAAUCAUUUUUAUUAAUUUGUUCCCUAAGUAAAAUAUGUGAUUUAUAAAAAUUAUUCAAUCCUGAUCGCACUGUAUUUUAGAUAAAAUAUGUAAAUGCGAUUGCUGCUUCCUAGUAUACAUUUAAUAUGUACUUUAUAAAUAUAAUGUCGAGUUCAUGAAGUUUAAAUCUCAGAAGAAUAACAUUUCUUUA